AUGGACACCAACAAUGUGGAGAGAAUUGAGAGUCAAAACCAGCAUUUAGAGUCACACGAACCAGGCGCCACCUUCCUAAGUUCAUCCUUCAAUGGAGUCAACAUUUUAUCUGGUGUUGGCAUACUGUCAGUAGCGUACGCACUCUCAAAAGGUGGGUGGUUAAGCCUAGUGUUACUACUCUUGAUAGCUCAUUUAAGUUUCUACACUGCAUUACUUCUUCAAAGAUGCAUGGAUUCGGACCCCCUUAUCAAAACCUACCCUAACAUAGGCGGAAAGGCAUUUGGGAGAAUAGGGAGUGCGAUUAUCUCUGCCUUCAUGUACCUAGAGCUUUACUUGGUGUCAGUUGAGUUUCUAAUUUUGGAAGGUGACAAUUUACAUAAGUUAUUUCCAAAAAAAAGUUUUGACAUUUUUGGAAAGAAAGUUGGAGGGAAACAAGGGUUUAUUUUGUUGAGUGGUCUUGUUGUAUUGCCUACAACUUGGUUAAGAAAUUUGAGUGUUUUGGCCUAUGUUUCUGCUGGUGGGGUGAUUGCAACUGUGAUUCUGGUGGUGGCUGUAUUGUGGGGUGGUGCAUUUGAUGGAAUUGGAUUCCAUGAGAGAGGGGAACUCUGGAAUUGGAAUGGGUUGCCAACUGCGGUAAGCAUGUUUAUGUUUUGUUACUGUGGUCAUGCUGUUUUUCCAACUCUAUGCAAUUCCAUGAGGGAUAAGUCCCAAUUCCCGAAGGUUCUACUUGUUUCCUUUAGCGUGAGCACUAUAAGCUAUGGAUUGAUGGCGAUAUUAGGCUACUUGAUGUUCGGAGAACACAUAGCAUCACAAGUGACAUUAAAUCUUCCCACAAAAAAUAUAAGUUCAAAAAUAGCAAUAUACACAACACUAAUGAUCCCCAUAGCCAAAUAUGCCUUAAUCAUAGAACCAGUUGCCACACCAAUAGAAGAAACACUUCCCUUUCGAGAAAGCAAGAUGAUGAGUUGUCUCAUUCGGACAUGUCUUGUGGUCAGCACAGUCUUCGUGGCAUUGUUGGUCCCCUUUUUUGGCUAUGUGAUGGCAUUUAUAGGAGCAUUUUUGGGCAUCUCCAUGUCGAUAUUGUUUCCAUGUUUGUGUUAUUGGAAGAUUGUCAUAGGGUUCAAGAGAUUUGAGGUAGAAAUGAUGGUGAUUUUGGUUAUCUUGUGUGUUGGAAUGUUUAUUGAAGUGGUGGGUACUUACACGGCUGUAACAAACAUUAUAAAUGAGGUUCAAACUAAAUGA